UCAGGCGGAGGAGUUUGCGCACCACCUGGCGGCACGAGGUGGUAGUGGUGGUGGUGGUGGUGGCGGCAGGCAGGUAGGAAGGUAGGCAGGAAGAGGGCCCGACCAGUUGGCCGGACGUGACCAGUCGAUAGUGCCGCCCUGCCCGCUGGCGCUGCUCCUCUCCUCCUCCUCUUACUCCACCACCAACGUCGCCGCCGCUUCCUCCCGGGCAGCCUCGCGCCAGACGCUCACUGGUCGCGAGGGUGCCGCCCCGGGCCAGCGCGCGUCCCACCCUCUUGCUCGGGGAGGUCGCCAAGGUGCGGGCGAUUAGCGGCAGGUGGCUGCAGUUAGCUCGACCCCCGCGUGAGUCACUCGGCCACUUUCCCAGCACACGCCCCCAUGCCGCUGGAGGGGAGGCGCAGCGGAGAGGAGGACCCUGAGUGGUGCGAGGCGGAACGUGUCAGUGUGUGUUGGUGUCACUGGCUAGUGUGACGCGGGAGCCAGCACCACCCAGCACCAGUCCCGCUAGCACCGACUCCCCUGAGCGGCAGCACACAGGUGGCGAGAGGGCGGGCCACGCGGGACAGGUGACAUGGUGAUCGCUUGGAGUCCCCAGCGGUGGCAGGACCAGUGACCAAUGUUCCGGCUCUCCACCGAGCAGCACCACCCCGGCAAGCCUGUGAUCAUCCACCCGCACAAAAUGUUCAGUAGCCGACGCAAGAGUCUCCCCGACCCCUCCAGCCUCACCAAGUCCUCCUCCUCCUCCUCCUCCUCAGGAUUCACCUCCUCCAGGACCACCAAGCGAAGGGCCUCCAAUGGCUUCCUUAACCCAGAGGUCAUGGCGGUUCCUGGGACGGGUGGGCUGGGCGGUGGUGGCGGUGGAGGUGGUGGCGGUGGGGGACUGGCAGGCGAUGGGCGACUCCUGGUAGCUGAUCUGCGGCACCAUAACUUCGAUGCCAUCCGCUUUGCCUCGUACCGCACAGCCGCUAAACUCCGCUUCGUGCAAAAGAAGACCAACAUGCAUCGUGUGGACAUCUGGAACAUCAUUGAGGCGUUCCGAGAGAAUGGACUCAACACCCUGGAGCCUUACACAGAGGUCAAGGUGUCCCGACUCGAGACUCUGAUCUCCACCUUGUACCACAGCCUGAACAAGAGACUCCCGGUGGGGCAGAAUGUGGUGAUUGAGACCUCCACUUCAGUGCUGCUCAAUUGGCUCCUCUCGGCUUAUGACAAAGACGAUGAGGGGAAGCUCCGAGUGUUCAGCGUUAAGGUAGCGCUGGCCACUCUCUGCAGCAGCAAGCCUCUUGACAAACUCAGGUAUAUAUUCUCACAAAUAUCUGAUGGUAACGGGCACCUCUCUCUGACCCGCUUCUCUGAGUACCUGAAGGAAGUCCUCUCACUACCAGCUGCUGUUUUUGAGUCUCCGAGUUUCUCAUACUCAGAAAACCUUGUUACCCAUAUUUUUGACGGGAUCAAGCAGAUCAACGUCAACGACUUCCUGGAGGUGGUGCUGGAGGACCCCGGGCCGGAGUGCCUGGCGUGGCUGCCGCUGCUGCACCGCCUGGCUGCCUCAGAGUCGGAUGCACUGUGGGCCGUUGAUCUCAUUGAUGAUGACUUUAUUGAUGAAUUUGUCCACCAGACCACCUGUGACGGCUGCCGCAGGGAGAACUUCACCGGGCUGCGCUACAAGUGUGAGAAGUGCCACAACUACAGCAUGUGUCAGGAGUGCUUCUGGCUGGGCCGCUUCCCGCCUCACUCCAUCGACCACCAAGUGAAGGAAUACACCUCCUUUACACCAACUCGGCAUUCCUUCCGCCGAAGCCUGCGCUGUGUGCCAGACAGACCAACGCUGGACAGGCCACGCUUCCCUGAGCAUCCUGAGAAGACCCUCAACCUCUCCCAUAUAGUUCCUCCUUCUCCUCUGCCCUCCCACAACGGCUUUGAGGGAGGAGGACCAGCACCGCCACAGUCCACUUCUCUAGAAAGUCGCUCGUCCAGCAGAAGUUGCAUCAGCAGCCUGCCGGACUGGAGUCAGCUGGACGAGGAGCACCGUCUCAUUGCUCACUAUGCAGCGCGCCUUGCCAGUCAGACAUCUCAGUCGGGGAGCGAGAGUGUGGACUCCAGCCCUGGUUUUGACUCCUCCAGUGCCCAGCGAGGUCUAAUACAAUCACUUGAGGCAAAGAACAGAGAUAUCAUGAGAGAAAUAAACUCCUUAAGGAACAGAGUGUAUGUUUGCAGGCAGCAGCAGGAGCGGGCGGAGGGCAGCACCAACCCCACGCUGGUGGCUGAGCUGCGCACCCUCCGCUCCCACCGCCACGAGCUGGAGUCCAAUCUCUCCUACCUCCAAGACUCUCGCAAACAGCUCAUGCAGCAACUAGAAAGUCUAAUGAAAAUGCUCAAAAACCACCAGACUUCCCCCACCACCCCUGCUGGCUCCCCCAAGUCCCCGCCAUUCUCCACCACUGGCUCCAUCAGCAGCAGUGUGCUCACCAGUCUCGCCUCAGGGACUCAGGGCUCCACUGGCUCUUCUCGGUCAGCUCCCCCCACACCCUCACACACCGCUCAAGUGUCUACAUUAGACUCUCUCUCCUCUCUUCAUGUUGAUGGGCUGCAGUCAACAGUGUCUUCUGUGUUCUCAAGUGCCGACUCCAGUUGUUCAGCAGACAACUCUCCUGAUGACAGCAUAGCCUCCCACAGCCUCAGGAACGACCUACUUGUGGCUGCAGACUCCGUCACCAAUGCCAUGUCUAGUCUAGUGCGGGAGCUCAAUUCAGAAAGUUCAGAUGAUGAGUCUCAGCUUGCCAGGCCGCUGCCCGAGCGAGACUAUGACUUCAAGGGUCUGUAUGAGAGCCCCUCCUGGCGUAGCAUGACAGAGGUGCAGUACAGUGAGGCUGAGCCACACCCACACAGCCGCAAGCCUAGUAGAGACUUGUCUCAGGUUGGAAUGAAAAGCAGCAGCAAGUGGCACUCAAAUGAUAACCAGGACGACUUGGGCUCCAGGAAAGACGGCGACACACCUGACUGGGAGGAGGCAGGUAUGGGAUGGGUCAACAGGUAGACGCUGGCAGCAAGCAAGCACUUACACUACUAAUCACUAUCUCAACGACCUUCAUCUCUGUACCAUUAAAUUCUUUAGUAAUUACUAUUAAGUGGGACAUAAGUAAAGGUGGGAAAGAGUGGCAUAACUACAAUAGCACUACUGACCUUGUAUUGUAGAGAUUAUGUAUCCCAUCAUGAAACUCACCGCCGUAGCAACAGACAGUCGGGCGGAGCGUGCGUGUGUCUCGUGUUUCUCUCAUGUACAGUGUCACACACCCAUUGACAUCAGUUCAUGCUGCUUUGUAUCUUGUGUUAAUAAAUUCCAGACUUCCUGGUGGGAUGUGUUUAAUCUUAGCUUAAUUUAUGACUUCAGCAAUGCAGUCAAGGAGGUAUUUCUGUAUAUUUGGUCCCAGAGUUAUGAGCCAAGCAGUGGGAGAGUUGCUGUGAUUGUAACCUUUAGUUGAAGACCUUCUUGUGUAGUAUGCUCUACUGUUACCAUUUAUAUAUGUAGAUUCUAUCCACUGGGAUUGUUACUAACCUUGAGGAGUGAGUUUUUACUGAUACAAAGUGGAUGAUUUGCAUGUGUCCUUCAUUAGUUAGUUGUACUACAUUGUUCAUUCAUAUAAUUUCUCUCUAUAUUAUUGUUUGGCAAGCUUUCAUUAGGUGACAGAGGCACAAGCCUUCUGAACUUCUAGUCAUGAGCGAGGGUGACUUGAAGUGUUUGACUGACGGGUCAUGAGACAAGCAAUCUUUGCCUGCUGAACAGUUCAUUCAAUUCUUUAAACAUCUUACCCACAUAUGCUGUACUGUAUAGGCUGUCAUGAAUUGUAUGACAUUUUUGAUAGAUAUUACUACUAUUAAAUGUCUCGGUAAGGAAUUAGAUCAUUUUCAGAAGAUAUUGAUCAAUAAGCUCGGGAUGUGUGUGCAUCUGAAAGUGCUUUAUUUUGUGUAUAACUAAGAAGAAAUGCAGGACAUUGGUGUAUACUACAUAUACUUUAAUUUUGUUGAGAAAAUUAAGAUAAUUAUUGACAAAUUUAUUAUGUAUAGAAACUUCUUUUCACUCUAGAUAACAUCAAAAUUAAUCAUAUUGGAAAACAAAGCAUACCAAGCAAAAUUUUCAAUGAUGAGUUAAAAUCAUGCACUUGGUGCCUCUCUAUAGAAUGCCAGACAAAAGACGUGUGUGUGUGUGUGUGUGUGUGUGUGUGUGUGUGUGUGUGUGUGUGUGUGUGUGUGUUCAUCGGUGCACCAGCAACACUAUUAUGACUUAACUCAUCAUUGGCUUUUCUUGCCCAUCACUGGUGACCCAAUGUUCUUGAAUGGAUUCCUGAAAAUAUGUAAAACAAAACAGAUCAUCGUAAAACUUUAUAUAUGAACACAUGCAGAGCAGCAAACUCAUCAUUAUUCAGAGCUUAUUGAUUGAUAUUUGAAAGACAGCAUUGAUAAAAAUUGCUCUACUCUUGAUAUAAUUUCUUCCUUCAAGUGCUAAUUUUCCCUAAGUAAUGAGGGUAAAUAAACUGACUUUCAAUUCUGAGUGGCCAAAAAUAUUUCUGCAUCAUGUUUAUGAGGACCAAGAGAGUGGAUCAGAGAAGCUUUACUUUGAGGUACCUGUAGUUAGAUAGAGGAGUACAUAUCUUUGGAAAUAUCUGUGGUGGUGAUGGUGGUAAACAUUUCUUAUUUAUUUUGUAGGAGAAUCAAAAGUAAGUUAACAAUAAUUAUGCAGAAGGAAAGCUUUGCACCAUGUUCUUUAAUUAAUGUGCCUCGUGCUUGCCCUAGCAUUAACUCCUUUGUGAUCAUCUUGGCGUAGUGAUGCACCGUUCUUCCCCGUCACGUGUGAGGUGUCAAACUGUCCUCGUGUCACAUGCACCGCAAGUAGCCAAUUGGAGUUUGAACAGUUAAAUUGCUCAGUGUAGAUCCACAGUCACAGUUUGGACCAAUUAUUGUUGAGCUUCACUUCAUUUAGAACAUUUGAUCUCACUUACCAUCACUAGACUUAUAAGUAUGCAUCUUAAUGUUUCAUCUUCCCAGUUGUGUGGUGUUGGUGUCUGAUUCCUUUGUAUGUAAGAGCUAAUGAGAUGACUAAAAGUUAUGAAUUGGUUCUUUAUUUCUGAGUGAUGCUGUUCACCAUUAGUUUGUCUGGAGCACUUCCAUCACUCAGUGUACUGUUGUGCUAAAAUUCAUUCAAAGACAAGGUCAGAGAUAUGCAUGUUAGAGCAGGCUGUGAUUCAGGAUUCUUUGCCGAAGAACCUUUGUUGCAGUAAAAUCUGUUUGAACUGUAGAUACACAAAACCAAUCAAAAAAGCUACACCAUCUUUAUUCCUAAAUAAAUUCUUAAUGAUUUAGAAAUUAACAUUACAUGAGAGAUGCUGGUUAUGUCAUAAAUUAUGCCUUUGCAUACCCAACAGUAAAAAGAAAAUAUUUAAAGAUAUCAUAAAUGAGGUUAUGAAAUCAUUAAUCAAGGCAAAACUUGCUCAACAUGUCUAAAGUCUGUGAACAUUAUAUUUGGCUGAUAAAUAUAGAACAGUCAUUGUAUACAAUCACAUUGUAUAUAAUAGUCUUUCACAUUGUUUGCCACAUAUGCAAACUUAUGAAAGAAGCCUUGAUUUUUGUUUAAGAAUCAAUGUUUCCUUGACAGUGAUAGAUCAAGAUAAUAAUGUAGUUACUCAGUGUCAAGCCUUCAUUAACCCAACUCCAAUAGACAAUAGCCAAAGAUAGUGAGUGAAGUCUUGAAUGAAAUCAUUGGCACCUACCUCAGCUACUUGCUUCCAAUGACUGACCAAGUUUCAGAAAAAGAGGUUCCAAAAUAAACUAGGAGGCAUGUUGCUUCAGAGAUGACAAAUCCUCUUGUAAUGGGGUGAAUACAUUACUAGUGGGCUCUUCUUUUCAUGUUGAGUUCUCUUGUGAAAUGAUAGGACUAGAUUUUUCUUGAUCUAAGACUCGUGGGUUAGGAAUAAAAUAGUGUAAGUUUUAUUAAUAAACUAACCUUUUCAUUCCCAUAUUUUAAGGGUGGCAGCUGUCUUGGCAGCUGGGUUUUAAGUUUCUAGUCAUUUAAGGGUAUGAUUUGGCACUAGACAUGAGCUGUGAUGUUUACUAUUAUGUUAAACAAUAGUUACCAUGUGGCCAAGGUACCUAAUAAAGGAAAAUUUAUCA